CAGAGCCGGGGCGGCCGGGAGCCCGCCGAGCCUCCGCCGCCGCCUCCGCCGGGGCCAGGCCCCCGCCGCCGCCGCCGCCGCCGCCGCUGCUCCUCCUCCUCCUGCGGCCGCCGCAACCGCUGCGCCCCGCGGUGAGCAGGCUCCGCCGCCCCGGCCCGGCCCGGCCCCGCCCGGGCGAUGAGAAGCUGCUUCUGCGUGAGACGGAGCCGAGACUCGCCGCCACCGCCGCCGCCGCCUCCUUCGCAACCGCCGCCACCUCAGCGGGGAACAGACCAGUCCAUCAUGCCUGAAGUCAAAGACCUCUCAGAAGCCUUGCCUGAAAUGCCAAUGGAUCCCAUUACAGGAGUUGGAGUGGUUGCUUCUCGGAACCGGGCUCCCACAGGCUAUGAUGUAGUUGCACAGACAGCAGAUGGUGUGGAUGCUGACCUCUGGAAAGACGGCUUAUUUAAAUCCAAGGUUACUAGAUACCUGUGUUUCACAAGAUCAUUUUCUAAAGAAAAUAGCCAUUUAGGAAAUGUACUGGUGGAUAUGAAGCUCAUCGACAUAAAAGACACGCUACCUGUAGGCUUCAUCCCAAUUCAGGAGACUGUGGACACACAGGAAGUUGCUUUCAGAAAGAAGAGACUCUGUAUCAAAUUUAUCCCUCGUGAUUCAACUGAGGCAGCAAUCUGUGACAUCAGAAUCAUGGGCCGUACGAAACAGGCACCUCCUCAAUAUACCUUUAUAGGGGAACUGAACAAUAUGGGAAUCUGGUAUCGAAUGGGCAGAGUCCCAAGAAAUCAUGAGUCACCUCAACCCACAACUCCUUCCCCAUCAUCAGCUUCAACACCGGCCCCUAACCUUCCAAGGCAUAUCUCCUUAACCCUUCCUGCUACCUUCAGAGGCAGGAACAGCACUCGAACUGACUAUGAGUACCAGCACUCAAAUUUGUAUGCCAUAUCAGCUAUGGACGGAGUGCCUUUUAUGAUUUCAGAGAAGUUUUCUUGUGUUCCAGAAAGUAUGCAGCCCAUUGAUCUCUUGGGGAUCACCAUCAAAUCUCUGGCAGAAAUAGAAAAAGAGUAUGACUACAGCUUCCGGACAGAGCAGAGUGCUGCUGCCAGACUCCCGCCCAGUCCCACUAGAUGUCAGCAGAUACCACAGUCCUGAGGACCAGGAGGGAAGGAGGGGCAGGAGCCAGUGGAGAAGAGCUACCCAGCACUCGAGUGUGCACGCACACACAUGCGCACACACACACACACACACAUACACACACACACACACAUACACACACACACACACACACACACACACACACAGAUACUACUGAAAGGGGAAGGCAGCCCCAUCCCAAAGCUGAGGAGUAUUCUUGGAGUCAUUUCUCCAAACCCUUCCAUGGACCUCAGAGGACCCUUCUUUAAAAAAACAACAACAACAAAACCCCACCAAUCUACCCUUUCUUCUUCACACACUUUAACAUGCAGGGGAGGGGGGAGCACAACUGUUUGUACAUGAUGCUUUCUGGAAUUUUAAAUUGUAAAAUUAUUUUUCAUUUAAUGCCUCCCCACCCCUAUCCCAAAGCCAUCCUGGGAAUUUUUUUUUCUUUAAUCAUUUGCCAUAGUGAUCAACAGCCCCUUAAAAAAGGAAAAAAAAGAAAAGGAGGAAAAAUCUGUGUGAUACAACACAACCUGCCCCUAGAAGUUCCUCUGGAGUCCAGUAGUCAUGUGGUUAAACUGGUCACACACUGAAGGUAUCCCUUAACUAGUGACUGUGGUUUUGACUAAUGUUGGCUCUGGAAUAUUCUACCGAUUGCGCUUAACCUGAAAGCGCCCAGCCACUAAGAAAUGUAAUUGUCCUCCGUGGACUUUUUUCAGGAGGUUGGUUUAGCCUGCAUCAACACCUCUGGUGCUUGCUGGCCCAUCAGCCCAGAUCCUUUGGUGAGUGGCCUCAAACAGCCUGUUGGGAAAAGUCACCUUUGGCUAUAAUCAGGAUCAAGCUUAAGGAAGCAUCUCUUUCCACCAGGAUGAAACUAAGAGGCUGGACUAGGGAACCUUGGGAACAUGCAUCCAGAAUUGAUCUCUGAGGUUUCCCAUUGGACAGUUCUCUGGAAACCCCAGUUACCCCAGAUCCCUAGACUGGACUUGUUCAUUUCUUGGGAAAGAACAACUUACACCUCCAAGCAAAGGUGGAUGAUAUUUUAGAGAAGAGCACAAGUAUGGUGCUGGAGUUGUUGGGCUGCGGUUACACAUGUAGCCACUCACCCAUGACUUGCCCACCCCAUUCAUAGUACCUCAUUGGCCACAUGGAAGCCUUUGUCCACUCUCAACUCACCUGGUUGGAUGCUGAAACGGAACGAGGAGACUAUCCCUUCCACCCCUUCAGCGGAGCACCUUCCUGGAGGCCUCUUACCCAGGGUAUACAUCCACCCGCUGCCUGCCCCCCCCCACCUCAGGGAAGUGGGGCCUCAGCAUGGGGAUUCUUGAUCUCGCUUGCUUUCCAAAGCCAGGUGCAUGUCUGGAUGAUGCUUCUUAAUGUGACAAGUCAUUUCAAACAGUCCAUUUGACCUGUGCUGCUUUUCUAAGUCACGGCCCUAUCACAAAAUUCUGGCCAUGAACUGGAACUUUCCGUCAAGUAUGUUUUGAGUGGAAGGUUGGGCUUUUUUUUUUUUGAUAGUCCUAGUGGUCCCAUCCCCCAUUAAAGAUGUGUUUGCCCUAAUGACUGGUGUUGCCGUAGCUUCUGGCUUGCUCCAAUGCACAAACUUGUUUUGCACAGCUAUGUCUGUAUUUGUUUGCUGUGGAGUGUUGUGAGUUUUUGUUUGUUUUUCCCCUUAGUUCACUAGAGUGUGAAUUUUUUUAGAAUUUGGGUGUCACCAGAUACUGAAGCUUUCUGAGGAGUAUGCUUGAUGAUGCCCUGGAAGAGGAUAGAGAUAGGUCACGGAUGUCAUGUGUAACAUAGCCGGGUAUAUUGGGAAAAAGAUGAGAUUGUGUCAGGAGACCCCACUUCUGUGUGACCUUAAGCAAGGCACUUCCCCUUUCUGCACCGAGGUUUCCCCAUCUGUAAAAUUAAGGGGUAUACUAGAUUCCUAAAUUCCCUUCCAGCUUUAAUCCUGUCAUCUGGGCAAAUGGUCCUUAGCAUUUUGUAGACAAAUAAGCCACCAGAAGAACAGAAGAGCUUCUACGAAAGCACCUAAGUUAACAUCACCACCAAAGCCCAGAUCUGAGUCGGGAGGAUGAAAUUAAUUCAGUUUUAUCCUCCGUGGCUUGGGUAUGAUGGCUUAGGUAUGACAGGGGCCCAGACUGAGCAACACUGCUAAGACCUGUGUCAGCUGUAGGAUGCAGCUGCUGGCUGGGAGAUGGCUCACCUAGCUGGUGCUUUUAAAAAUACUUCGUGCACACAGUACAUAAACUCUUCUGCUCUGACCAAGGCAAAGCCAGGGAGACUCUUAUUCUCUCCCACUCCCAGCAUUCCCUCCCACACACUUUGAUGUUGCCCUCACAAGUUUUAAAUUUGGUCUAGAGCUUUGUGUCUCCCAUUUGUAACAUGAAGGGGUAAGACUAGAUAACCUAAGCUUCCAUUCAGCCCUAACAGGGGAGUCUGGGAAGAGUUUGAGGGCCAGAGAGGAAAAGGAAAUUGCCUAAGGUCACACAGGCACUCAGUAUCACAGAUAGAAUUCAAACUCAGGUCCUCUGGCUCAAAAUCCAGUGUGAUUUCCACCAUACGAUUAUCCUUCCUCUCCUGCACCGUGAAGGUAGCUUCUUAUAUUCAUUUUAAUCUGUUCUUGUUUAAAAAACAAAGAAAGAAAAGAAAAAUGGAGAAGGGCCAUAUGAACCUUAUAGGGCCUUAUCACUCCAGAGUGACAUUUGGAUUGAUGGAUCAUGAGACAGCCCUCCCCCACCCCACCUCACCCCCGCCAAUUCUGUUGAGGCUGAAGAUCAUCCUAAUUUCUCAUUGUUGUUUUACCACCAACUCAGAAUCAGCCAGAUAUUAGGAAACCUAGCAGGUGAUAACCAAGAACCAGAGCGGUCAGUAUAGCAUGAUCAUUACUAUGGUCAAGCCUGUUGAGUUUCCUUUUCUUCUUAAGACUGUUUGCUGUCUCUCUGGAACUGUCAGCCUUUAUUUUUCCCUCCUUUCUCUAAGCCUGUGACUCCUCUCAGGACAAGGCUGGACUUGUCUCUCAGUUUGUCAUCUUUACCUUCCAAGUUUUCUUUUUCCAAGCAAAACUUUUUAGCACCUGUUGACCUAGAAUCAUAGUCUCCUAUACUUUUGGUGCUAGAAGGGACUGCAGCGAUCAGCUAGUCCAGGCCUCUUUCUGAAGGAGGAGUCCCUUCUACUACUUCCUUAACAAGCAAAGGGUCAUAGAACUUCUUCUUAAAGACCUCUACUUGGAAGCCUCACUGUUUCCCACAUAGCAGGCAAGCGGUUACUCCUCUUCAGCUUCAUAGAAAACUGAUUUUUAAAAAACCACACAAACCUCAGAAAGCCCUUAGCCUUCCCAAGACUUGCCAUGUUGAAUAUUCGAAGAAAGGGGCAACUCAAAGAGCUUGGAAAUCUGCAAGUGUGAGGUCCACUGUUUUAUCUAAAGGAACCCAUGGGCUCAUGAAGGAGAUUCCUGCUGGUUUCUAGCAACAGUGUUCAUGGAGGAAUGACUAGCCAUGAAAGAACAGAAGGACUGCACCAUAUUUUAUUCAGGAUGGAGGAAAUAAAAUGAGGUCAUUGUCUCUGAAGGAAUUAGAUGAACCCUGUGGUACUCAGAAGCAACAGAAGCAAUUCAGUUAAGAAAGGAUUUCCUUAGUUCCUGGGGUGUACAGUGCAGCAAAGUAGGGUGUGUGUGUAUGGGGGAGGGGGGAAUUGUCCCUUCCCUCAGGGUACUUACAUUCUAAUUGAAAGGCUGUUGGACUAGGAGUCUGGGGAUCUGAGUUCCCAGUGAGGGUUCCGCCUGAUAUGUGACUGUGGACAAGUCACUUUUUCUCUAUGGUCCUUGGUUUCCCAAUCUAUAAAAUAAGGGGCAGAGGGGCUUAGACCAUCUGAACUUUAAGGUCUCUUCCAACUCUGAAUCCCAUGAUUCUGCAGACCUAAGAGAAUUUAUGAGUAGAGCCAUUUUUUUAAAGCAAAAGCUUCCCCUUGAGAAAGAGUCAUUUCAACCACACUGAUUGACACUGGGUUAACUUUGCAUGUAAUAAUAGUAUAGCUUUCCUGAGGAUCCUAGAGACAGAGGCUCAAUGUAGGUCACUGGGCACAGAGAUUUAUCCCCUGGGAAAGAUGAGCACGGUGUACUAAAGGAACAUAGAGCUUAGAGGACCGGGGUUCAAAUCCUAUUUCCUUAUUAGCUGGUGACCUUGGACAAGUAAGUCACUUUCCUUGACUGGGCCCCAAUUUUCUCUUCCACAAAAUGAUGGGAAUUAGAUUGUAUAAUCUCAAAUUGCUUUCAGGUCUAAAUCCUAUUUGGCUUUUCUUAUGGUUCACUAUUCUUAGGCCCUCAAGCCUCUCACCUCAGAAAAGCUCUUAGAGAUCAAGGACCACUUGACCACUGAACACACCUUCAGAUGAGUUCCCUUCCUGAUCUUCCCCAGGCCAAACAGCAGUCUCGAGGGUUUCCAGGUGACAUGUUGUUAACUAAUGUUUUCAGUAUUUAGUAUGGAGCCGGAGAGUUCAAGAUGGUGAACUUGAACUAACUUGUGUGUUAAUAGUAGUGACAUUUUUGAGACUUAACAGUAAGGAAUUAGCUUCUGUAGCACAUUGACUGUGAAAUUUGUUUUUUUUUAAAGCCAGGUUAGGAUAAUUGAUGCCCAUAAGGAGGACACAUUGAUGUGGGUGUGUUUAGAGUGUGUGUGUAUGUGUGUGUAUGUGUAUGUGUAUGUGUGACAAGUCCUUUUAGACUCUUCCUAACUCUGUCUUCUCUUUCCCCACUUAGAGUAGGAGAGAGGGUUGGGAGGGCAGAUGAGCCGGUGCUCAGCAGGACAUUGCAAGUAUUAAAAUAUGUAUUGUAAUGUCACCUAGAUUCUCUGUGCAGUGUAGGUACAGACUUCUUACCUGGACCACUCUGAAUUUCUGGUGAAGGUGAUGUUGGGAUCUGGAGUAGAGACACAUGCAAGUCAGAAGUUUUCUCCUGUUUACACGGUCUCGUGGGAUUUAUAACUAGAAGCGAACUUGAAGAUCAUCUUGUUCAACUCUGCUAUUUUAUAAAGGAAAAGAUUGAGGCCCUUCGAGGCAAUUGCCGCAGCCAGAAAAAAACAACUCCCUUCCCCAUCUUAUCCUUCGGGCUGGCUCUUUAAACAAUGGACCCAUCCGGAUCUACCCAACAUGGCUGCCAGAGCUGCUGUUUCUCUGGCAUAGCCUCGUGCAGUAGUGUCCGCACCAGGCAGUGACCUUACCUUGGUCUUACAUUGGUUGGCUGGGGAAUGGAGAACUGGAGUUUUCUUGAAGUUGUGAAGGGUCCUUUAUCUUGGGUCUCUCUAGGCUCUACAGGUACUCAUUUCUAUUCCUUUCCCAGUCUCCCACCUCAUCCUACCAUUUAUCCCAUGGUACAACCCAAGCUACAUGCUCCUCUACUACCUGAGUACCUUCCUCAAGCUGAACAAUCUUUCCAUUAAGCCUAGGGAGAUGAGAAUUGUGCUGCUUUGCCCCUCCCCCAGCUCGGUUGCAGAUUAUCCCUAAAACCAAAAAUUUCUUCCCAUUAUAAAAAUCAGUGUGCUAUACAGUGAAAAGAACACUGGAAUGAGAGUCAGAAGCCCUUAAUUUUUCUGACUGCUGCUAACUCCCUGGGUGACCUUGGCAAAUCAGUUCUCUUUGGUCCUCAGUUCCUUCAUCAGUUAAAGGAGAGGAGCUAUGGAGUGGAAAGGAGACCAGAUGUAGAGUCAGGAGAUUUGGGUUUGGAUCCUGGCCAUGCUGCUGUCUAGUCUGGAGAGGUUACUUCCCUUUGGGGAAGGGGGCAGGGAGGGCUCAAUUUCUUCCUCUGUAAAGUAAAAGAGUUGGAUUAGAUUCCUUCCAACAUCAUCAUCCAAUGACCAGAUGAUCUCUUAAAGUCCCUUCCAGCAUUUGUAGCUUAUGCUUGAGAGAUGAGAGAAGAUGAAUCAACUCACUCUUUCCCAAGAUAGCUGCCCCAGGCUUUGGAUUGAUAACCCUGUUGCCUGCUGUCCAUCUAAAUAUGUCAUUCCUGGAGAACAUCAGACUCGAGGCUCUCAGAAAUGACACCAAAUGGGAGCAGUGAGCAUGUCAAACCAUAUUGGCUACCUCUGGGCCAUUACAGAGGAUCCAUCCAUUACCCUGUGGGGCAAAUCUCCUUGAAAGCUUGAGCAGAAGUAUUCCUUAAUUCUGGUGACUUGAAAAGCCAACCAUGGGAUAACAAAUUAACCCUACUCAGCUUCUUAGUCUCCUACGUGCUGAGAGAAGAACAUCUAAAUGGAAGAUUGUAUCAUCUCCUACCACCAUGAAGAAAGAAGCCCUUUAUGAAGUAGCCAGGCAGGGUCAAGAUGCUGUGCACUUGUUGGGCUAUUGGAAUUGGACUAACUGUGCAUUGAUCUCAUUAUGUUAUUAUCUUUUGUAUUUAUUUUUAGGUGACUCCUGUAUUUUAUAAAGGGAAGUUUCACUGUGUGAUUAUUAAUCUGUAUUCUUAAUAUAAUUUGUCAAAUAAAAGUUUGUUUUAACCACUUCUCACCA